AUGGCAGUUCGGGGCGCCCUAGGUGAGGAGUGGGACUCGGAGGAGGUGGAAGAAUGCGGGAUGGGGGCAGAGGGACCGGACCCAGCAGGGUUCUGGGACCAGCUGGAGGAAGAGAGAGAAAGAGGGGCGGGUAGGAGGGACAAGGCGAACCGCCUCCCCUCGCCGCCUCCCGGGCGCACGGCUCCGGUGCUGCUCUGUGAGGAGCGGCGGCUGGAGACUCCCGAAGCUCCCGCGUGGGGUUCUCGGCGCGGCCCCCCGCGCCUGCGUGGCCGCCCUCCAUCCCGGCUUUGCCCGGCCCCUUUCUCCACCCAGAUCCUCCCCCCCGAGGCUCCUCCCACACUACCCCCUGGCUUGAGGCUCCGCCUAGCUCCCAGAGGCCCGAGGCUCCUCCUACCCACCUCCCGCCCUCCUCUUGUUUCUUUCACCUUCGAUUUCACUCUGGAAAGCCCUCGGGACCCAAGGGCAACCGCUGGAAGACAGCCCAGGGGGGUAGCUGGAGGGCGCCCUGGGAGGAGGAGCUGGAAGAGAAUCGACACCGCGGAGGACACGGUCGCUCGCGCCGCUGCUGCCUGGCUGCGCCUGGCACGGACUCAGCCCCAGCGCUGCGCGUGCCAAGCGCUGCCAGGCGUAAGUCCGGUCAGCUGGAGGGACUUCUGGGGACCGGGAGAAGAAGAACAGGUUUGGCGAGGGCUGCAGCCUCACUUGCCACCAACACCGACGCGACCUUGCAUACACGCUCACACGGACUGGAUGGAAGGCGUCCAACCUGAUAAAUUAUGGUGUAGAAGAAUGGCCUGCGUAGACGAGCUCUGGGUACUAAAGUUGCGAGACCAAAGAGGACAGCGGGCUGCCUGCCACACCUCCGCCUGGCUUGGCCCCCUUCUGGCUGGGCGACGCGCGCCGUGGGACCACGAUGAGCACUACUGCAGCGCCCCCUGCUGCACGGCAACCACAAUGCUUGGAAAACAGACCUGUAGAGGGCGGACCAACCCCGCCCCCCGCCCCUCCGCCCUCCGAGGGAAGCACCUAACUGGGGAGCUUUCCAGGACUCUGGCAAGAAAUCGAAUCUCCUGGAUGUCUGGCAGUGGCCUGAAAAGUAGAUACGGUGGUUUGGGGCUCAGCGAAACACAGCUCCAUCUUUUCCUGAUUUCACGAAAAAAAAUCUGUGUAGACACAGAUGAAAUGAUGAAUAUUUAUUAUACCUAUUUUGCCAGGCACGACAGACACAUUUUUGUUCCCUGAGACAAACAUACGGGAGCAUACGGAAAACAAAGCUGUAGCUUUAAAGGCAGAGACUGAUCUUUUACCUUUUUAUUGUAACUCCAUAACCUCUGCUUACUGUUGAAAGUUUAAAAAAUCCUGUUAGUUGACCCAUCAAGUGCCUUGGUAUCUGUAUCCCUCCACUGCAUUUACAUGUUAAUAUUGGAACCUAAAAGGAACCUACGUGUAAUAGAAGUGAUCAUUUUUAUUUAUUUAUUAUUAUUAUUAUUCCCUCCAACUUUCUCUUAUCCUUUUAAUUGUUAACUAAAACCUAGAUAUAUACCUCCAAAAUAUAGACUCUGACAUCCACACUACUCCAACACUAGUCCGAACUGCCUUCACUUCCUGCAUGGACUAAUGCAGUACCUUUCUAAAUGGUUUUAUUUGUAUUCCUGCUACUCUCUGCUCCCCACAGUCUUAACUUCAGGCAUCAGACAGAAGAUUCUUUGGAAAACCUACACUCUCUUUACUUUAAAAUGUUCAAUGAUUUCCUGAUGCACAUCAAAUAAAACUCUUGAUUCUUACCAUGGUCAGCCAAGCCCUCAUUUGGCCCUGAUCCCUCCUCUCCCCUGACCAUGUCAGCAACAGACAUCCUCCUUGUCUGAUACUUACCACUUUUUUCUCUUUCCUCAUAGGAUGCCUUCUCAGACCUUCUCUAGCUCCUUCUCGGCAUUCUGAUCUUAACUUAAAUGUUCUCAACGAAGAGACUUUCCCAGCUCACACUAGCAUUGUACCAGGAACCCUACCAGAAUGGCAGCUCCAAGAGAGCAGGAGCCUUAUCAGCCUGGUUUUCCACAUCAUACCCAGAGCCUGUAACAUCUGGACAGGUAGAAGAAACUAAAACAAAACAACACAAAAUGUUGACAAGAAAUGAACAAAUAAACAUGCUUAGCAGAAACUUGAUAGCAGUUGAAAAUCCACAAAUUUUCAUUAUGAGAGAAUAAGGUAAGCUGUUUUGUUGUCCAUGUCAAAUAAUGAAGAAUUAGCACAGGAGAGGGGGAAGAAGUAGGUUAAAAAUUCUUAAGAUGCACCAGCUCUUCAGGAAAACCUGUGGUAAGUCACACACAGACAGCUCUCUUCAAUAAUUAAGAGGACUCAGAGACAUGAAGGUAGUAGAGAGGUUUGGGUUCAGCGUGCUAAAAGCUUAUGCGCAUUUCUAGAGCUGUCUUCACUUCGAGGCUCCAACAGUUUUAAAUAAAUAUUUUCCACACACAUUCCCCCCCCCCCCAUCACCACCUCCUCCUUUUCUCCUCUCCCUACCCUCAACUCCUGGAGAUUGGGAGCUUCGGAGAUGGUGAGAAAUGUACCAUUUUGCUCUCCCUGAUGAAUGAAAGGCUGAAAAACCAUCUGUGUUGCUUUUAACAAAUUUUUCUAUUUUAAUUUAAUGUGAGUCUCAAUAUUCUUCCAAUGCAUUAAACCUUGGUUACUUUCAGACUUCUCUCCAAGGAUUGAGAAGCAUCCAAUGUCUGCCUUUUCCACCUCCCUUGAACACCAAUGGGGGAGAGCAGAAUCAGUUAAAAGAUGUCAUCGCUAUCUUUGGAGACCAUUUCAAAUCUGGGGACAUUGCUUUUUAGCUUAUUAAAGUGUACUCACUCAUGGUGAGCUCACUACCUCAGUUCUGAAUAUAUUCUACUUAAAGCUACUGUUGCUCUCCACAGAUGAAGGAAAUGAGGCUGGUUGGCUUGACUUUCCUACCUUAGACACGAGACUGGCCAAAAAAGUGCUAAGCCCUUAUUUUCCCAGAGUAGGUUCCACACAUCUGCUACCUCACCACUUCCUCAAUGAAUUCUUUUUUAUAGUCUCCCUGACCUACCCUGCAUUUGUUCUGCAUUCCCAGGUCUUUGUUGUAUAAUUCAUACCUUUGCAGUGCCAGGUCCUAGGGGGAAAGAUUUCCUUAUUUGCCUAAGACAUUUUUAGUUUAUUGUGCAAUACUAUCUUCCCUUUGGGUGUUGCAUAAA